AAACCGAUGAAUGAAGCGGCGUAAGCUCUGGAGAUGUAUCGUUGCCUUCGCGUCUCAAUAUGCCAUUUUUGUCGCACAGUACUCAGAUCUCGUUGUCUAAAUCGAAGAACGGUGAUAAGAAUACCAAUCAGGCAGAUAUACAGAGGAAAGGGAGGAGGAAUAAGCGUGUUUACGACACCGCAAAGUGCCGAGGUGUUUGUUGCGAGUUUACACGAAAAUGAACGCGAACUGCUUCGAGAAGCCCUUCGAGUCACACCAUAUAAUCAAGCAGAGGAAAACUCCAGUAAGUGGACCUAAAUCUUUGUUGUUUAAUGUCUAAAUGUACCUCUGUCUGAAGAGAUUUCUCACACGAACGCGUUUAUCAUUUUUAAAAAAACUGCAUAAAACACUGUCUAUACCUGUUAGGCUCGCGUAUCAUUCAUCAUGAGCUUAAAUGUCAGCUGAGUUUAGUUAUUCAAAUUAGAUUUUGUUUUGAUUUAAAUUUUGAAUUUUAUCUUUGCCUUUAAUCGGGUUAAUGAAAGUAUUGAUGACUAAAAGAUAAGAAAAGAAUGGGUGGUUUUUGAGGGAACUACGAGAAUGUAUAUAUGAAAAAUUAAUUGUUUCCAUUCCAAAUGAGUAUAAAAGAAAGAAAGAGAAAUAUGAGACUUCGAAAUGGAUUUGAAGAAUUUUUUUGUUUGUGCUCUAAUCUAAGUAAUGAUAACAUAAUUUCUGCCUAAAGGACAGGUCUGAGAACAGGUAAUCUAUGGAUUUUAGAGGUCUGGUCUGAAAACGGGUGUGGAAAAUUACAUUGUUUGGUCUGAAACAGGGUCAGGAUUUGGAGAACCGGGCAGCACACCCCAACCAAGAAUUUAUGUUAAAAAAAAAAUGCACAAAAAAAUACUGUAAGUACCCACCGUCUGAGUACUUUUGGUGGUGUUAGGAGCUGAUUACUGGUGGUGUCAAAUUAUGCCCCAGACGUGGAGCGUUCUACAGCUGUAAUGUCUGUCAUGUGUCAAUCCAUGGUGGCUAGCCAAUGCUAGCCUGAAUUUCAGACAUUCGAGUCACAUGCUCGUAGGUGACUUAAAGGGAUAUCUGAAAUUCAGACAAAGCCAGCCCGUGUAGCCAGCCAUUUUUUCCUGUCACCUUAUUGAAGGAAAUAAACGCGAAAGAGAUGGUAAAAUUCCAAAAUAAAGGAUAAUAACAUGACAUUCGGCUUGUUGAGACACUGGAACAAUUUAAACAUAUAAUCCAAAGUGGACACUUUGUUCAUAGUACUUUCCCCAAACGUACAAAGGGGUGUCAAGCUAAGUAACCUGGCAACUUUGAGGAUUCUUCACAGUUUUACUGUCACUGGUAGAUCUCGACCCUGAUAAGAUGGUACCAAGAAUGUCAGAAAAUUAAUGCAACUUGUAAAUUAACACAAAUUUUUGUUAGGGACCAUUCAUUUUUUCUCCAGAGGAUGGUCCCUCUUGUAUCCCAAAUUAAUUGAGAUAGUCUUCUCCACCUCCUCCCCCCCCCCCCCCCCCCCCCCCACCACAAAACAAAAAAAAAAAAAAAAAGAAAAAGAAGAGAAAGAGAAAAGAUAACAAACUAAUGAACCGGGGACAUGUGGGGAUUCUUCAACUUUUUACGGGCACGUGUGAAACCGCCCCCAGAAAAAUUGGUACCAAGAAGUGCAAAAAAAUUAUGCCACUUUAAAAUAAAAAACAAUUUUUUGUAGGGCCCAUUCAUUUUUUCCCCCAGGGCGCGCCCCCCCUUUAUCCCAAAUAAAUUGAAAAAUGUUUUUCCCCCCCCCCCCCCCCCCCCCCCAAGAAAACAAAAAAAAAGAAAGAAAGUCUGAGAGAGGGAGAAAGGACUGACUGCUACACAUUUUUAAUGGCCAUAAGCAGAGAACAGACGUCUGGUAUAAGCUGACGUUGUAAAAACAAAAAAACGAGAAGUGAGAGAAACUUUGGGAGCUUCAAAAAGUGGCAAACUUAUAAAAUAUUUACUGCAUUGGAUGUUACACCUAGUGAGGACGGUCAUGUUGUUUUUAAUUGGUUUGUUAAUAUAAUGGCACGCAAAUUUUGCAUUUUGGUGGGAUAGAAUUUUGGUGCACAAUAAAGUAGGGGGCUCGGGGGCAUGCGUCCCAGGGAAAAUCUAAACUUUCUGAACAUCAGAAACACUGGUUUUUGGCAUUCUGGUAGCAGGGUGCAAAGAAAGUCAGUUUUACAGCCUGCCAUUCGGGCAAGCUGUAGCUAGUAUGUACUAGCCCACAAGUCAUUUCAACUAGCCUCAAAACCCUUUUUUGAUUAGCAGGAUUGAUUACAAUCCUUCUGUAAUUUGAAUUUCCCCAAAUAACAGCACUUACCCGUCGGGCAACUUAAGAACAAAAAUUACUACCCCAAUAGCAAAAUCCACUGGCCACGGGCUAUGGGACAUGACUUUCUUUGCACGCUGGGAAGAUUGGACAUCGACUGGUGCAUCAAGUCCUUCAAGCCAUUGGAUACAUGUACCGGUAGGUGUUAAUUGAAUAAGUGGUCAGGUAUGCAUGCUAAUAAUUAUCCCGGGAACAAAGUUACAUGUAUCAAUAUAAUUAUAUUAUAUAUUUUAUGAGUAACUGAUUUGUCAUGUGGUAAAAUGUUUGACAUGGAAUUUUUAAAUGAAAUAGGAAAUGAAAGCUCAGCACCUCCUUCAGUGAGUCAAUUGAGACUAGGUAAAGUAUUUUAACUUGUAUUUACGGGCUCCGUAGUUGGUUUUUGGAUGGGGAAUAUUUUUUAAAUACGUGUAUGUUUUGUAAUAUCUUCCAUAUUUUACAAUUUAUUCUGACAGUUGCUUUCCACAGUGCUGUUCCAUUUAUUGGGUUUGGACUCUUGGAUAAUGCUAUAAUGAUUAUCGCAGUGAGUAAUAAAUAUUGCUUGGAGAAACCGUACAAUAUUAUUAAAAAAAAUGUGUAUAUUGCUCAUUUCCUUCAUCACCAAUUAAAAUUAAGUUUUCCUGGUUAAAGCACUAUACAUGUAGAUCUAUGCAGGUUUUCUGACUUGGUGCAAAAAAUAUUGGAAAAUUUCCAGAUGAGUAUAUGAGCAAUGCCCAUGAGGUCACUUUAUUUUGCAGCAAAUUAUUGUAUACAUAAUUAUCACUUUUAAGAUUUCUUAUCGAUUACAAUGCAGAUUUGUGUAAUGAUAUUAAUCUCUCUGGGUAAAAUUGCAAUCGUCGCAUAAAAUCACAUAUAUAUAUACAUAUGUAGCUGGAUGCUAGCUGUCAUAAACAACCAUGCAGCCUCCUGUAAGUGUGCAAUCCCUGCAACCACCGAUAGCCUUAGGAUUUUAGGUUGUUGCUUCAAGAGGUUCAACUAAUUUUGUCUUUCGUGUAGAAAAAAUUAAAAAUUUUUGGUGAUUGUAGUAUAACCACCUGUAAUACUUUAUUGAGGGUUUAUUUCUGCCAGAAAUUCAUGGGAUGUGUUUCUGGUGGAAACUUUAAAUGUGCUGCAUCUCCACAUUAAUCUCUGUUUAAUUCUAGUACAUUCCCAAAUUCUCUAAGCUUUCUUGUCAGAUCCUAGCACUUUACUUUUCCAAUGGCAUCAUGUUUUAAAAUUAUUGCAAAAAAUUUCCUUGUUGGAUCUUUUUUUAACACAUAUCACCAUUACCUGCCCUUGAAAACUGUCAUGUAUCUGCUUUAAAAGGGCUUGCAACUGUCUUGAGUUAUAUUUUUGCAGGGAGAAUAUAUAGAUUACACUAUUGGAAUGACUCUUGGGAUUUCAACAAUGGCAGGUUAGCGCUGAAGACCUUUUUUCUUUUUAUCUUCUAUUCCUUAUUGACUAUGUAUCCAUUCUUCUUUAAUAUGCUUCUUUAUGACGAUAAUUAUUAUAUUCUCUGGCCCUAGAUUACAUGGCUAAAACUUUAAGGCUCGUACAGACUAGUCUAGAAAUCACAUCACCAAGGCACAAUUUUGAAUUUUUAUUUCUUGGUGUUACAAGUACUGACUAUGGUCUAUCAGAAAGUAGUUACAUGUAAUACUUUGGUUACUCAGGUUUUUUGUAGUCUGUUGAAUGUAUUUUAUGUAGGUUUUAAUUUUUUAAAAGCUGAUUAUUAAUAAGUUGUUUGUUUUGCGUCUUGUUUUAAGCUGCUGCCCUGGGUAAUAUUGUGUCUGAUGUCUCUGGAAUAGGGUAAAUUGAACUUCAGUUAUUUACAUGUAGGUUUCUGUCUUUUUUUGUUUGCAAAAGUGUUUUAAAUAUUUAAUUGUGGCAAUUUUAUAGCAUACAUUUGUGUACUUCAGUGUAGUCCAUUUCUCUUUUGUAUGCAAUAAGAUUUGGCUGUGACUACAUGUACUUUUAUGAUAUUAUUUUAAGUGUGGUUUGCAUGAUCACAAGUAUAUAUUUUGAAUGAAUUAUUUUCUCCUUAACUAAUAAUAAUAAUAAUUCUGAGAUUCUACAAUAUAAUAAUAUAAAUAAUAAUAUCUUUAUUAAUUACAGGAACUUCUUAGGUUCAUUUAAGUUGAAAAUUAUUUUCUAAAACAUUAUAGACAAUCCGAAUGACAUGAUGGUUCAACUAAGGUUAUCUCUGAUACUCAUAAGGGUAGAUAUAUUGAAGAGAAUGCUGUUGUGAAAGUGGAUGCUUUGUUUGUGUAUCUUAUUUGUUGAAAAUACUUGAUGCAAACUAGUAAAAAAAAUUCAGAACAGUGCAACAAACGUCACAUGUAAAAGUUCAGAACUUUGGAGCACUUUCAAAAAUGAUUCCAAGAUGUCAAGGAGUAGUUUUGCCUUGAAAAGUUUUGUGUUUUUUCUGUCAUAUGCCUGAUUUUCCAGACAGGCAGAUGUACAAUUGAUGUACAUGUAUGCUAGGAUUAAGGCUUCUGUGCUAACAAUGUUAUUAGGGAACUUAAGAUACACCAUUUUUCUCUGGGGGUAUUGAUAGUAAAGAUGAUUUCUGAGAUUUUAUUUGUUAAUGAUGUCGUUUUUCUACCCAGUAGCUUAGCUGCUUCUCCUGUUAAGAGGCAAUCACCCCGGUACCCAAAUUAAUUGGCUAUUGUCAGGGUUAAUUUCCCAAUGCCCUCACACGGAAAUGGUGUAUCUUAAGGUCUCUAUUGUGAAGAGCUCUGUCACAAUGUUCUUUAUAAAAGUUAAUUUAUGGAUGUGUUGUGAAACAGAUUAUAAUUAUUUUUAAAAUCAGGUGCUAUGUUAAGGUGGCAAUGUAGCCAUACAUUCAUUGUACCUGAUAAUGGUAAAAUGGAAUAUAAAGUUUAUAAUAUUGAUCGAGAUAUGUGUUUCAGUGUCUGAUUACACAUAUCUUUCUUUUUAUUUCACAGCCUUGCUCAUUAUGUUGAGGCUGCAACCAACAGACUUGGAUUUCAAAGUCCUAAACUCAGUUCAAACCAGGCGGAGAUGCCAAGAACAAGAUUUGUAACGAAUUUGGUGAGGCUUCUACAGUUACUUAUUUUACACAAGUCUUAUAUGUACUAUGUAACAUUUUGUUACAUUACUAUGUAACAAUUUUUUUCUGCACCGGUAUCACAGAAGUCAAGGGUUUGAAUCCCAUGCAUGCCUGAAUUUUUUUUUUCAGGCUCUCUUUUCGCAACUGCAAAAGUUGCAUCUAUAACUCAAUGAUCUGCUUUCAUAUAACAAUCUAGUGUAGUAUCAACUUAAUUUUUUGAAGUGUCGAUAUAUUUAGCACUCAAGUACUUAUUGAGGAAACUGUUUUUAUGUGUCCUGCAUGUGGAGACAGGACUGCCAUUGUACAAUGUAUGUGAUCUAAGGGCUAAGGCAGUACCUUUAUUUCUUAGUUACGCUGUAUUUGUAAAUGCUGAGUAUUUGUCUGGGUGUUGGAGUGGAACCUGUGACCUCCCACUCUGUAGGAUAGUGCUCUACCAACUGAGCUAAUUCUGCCACAGUAUUUAUUCAAACAUGCACUUGACACAUGGUGUACAUAUGUGUACAUGUACACAGAGUUUUGAACCUUGAAAGGUCUGAAAUCUACAGAGUCCUUCCUUUGUGCUUGUUUUCAUAAACGACCUACCCGACCUUCCCCCUGUCCCCUCAAAAAAAAAAGAAAAAAGAUUUAACCACCCCACCCCAAGAUUAGAAAUUUCAUACUAGGCAGUUUGGUCACUUUUUGUCCUGUCAUGGCCAGAUUAAAUGGUAAGUGGUUGACCAUUAUAGGGACAAGUCUGGUUAUAACUCAUGAGAUUGGGACAAAAAAAUCUUUCCUUAUUGGAUUUCCUGUAUUUUGUCUUCACGUUACAGGUUUGGUUAACAAUAAUAUAAAAAAACCAGUUUAUUUAUAUAGCACCUUUUCUGUAGGCUUCUAGAGAUGCUUAUAUGCUAUUCAAAAUCUUAAAAAGUAAACCGAACUAUCUAAAAACUGUAAACAGCCCACAGCAAAAGUCCACACUGACUAAAAUUAAUAAAUGAUGCAAUAAAAAGCUUUCUUAAAUUAAUAAAAAGAUACAUGUACCUCUUAAAAAGUGCCCUAGAUUAGCCCGCCUCUCUCACAAGUUAAAUUCUGUUUAAAUUGUAGGGAAGAGCAUUUGGAAUUGUUGUGGGAUGUUUUAUUGGAAUGUUCCCAUUGCUUUUUUAUGGAGGUAAAGAGGAACAGGAAGAAAAAGACAGCAGAAAGACAAUAGAUAAUAUGAACUAAGACUAGAUUAAUAAAAUACUUAAUGAGAUCUAAAACCAGUUCAUUAUAAUUCCAUUAUUCACGCACCAAACGUCACGGGCAUACUUUGAUAAGGUAAUAAUAAUCACGUGACCAGUACAGUCAGUACAAGUGCAAUUUAUAACAUUUUAUAAAAUAAAUAUCGUACAGUUAGAUUUAUACUCUUGUAUUUCUUUCCUGUUCUUAAAAAAUUUCGCUCACUUCAGCGACCUUUUAAGGAAGACUUUUCAAGCGCUUAAAUAAUUUUACGUGCAGUAGACGCACAAUGUAUUUAUAUGACAAACUGCAUACUUUUUAAGCUUUCAGGCUUUCCAACUAUAAGUAAAUAAUGGGUUAACGUGCACGUCACUGCCCCAAUGAAAUGUAUAACUCAGGAUCUUCAUGGUCUUUAUCAUCGUUGUCAUAAUUAUUCCUCAAGUAAUUUUUAUUGAUUUAAAUAAAGUUGAUGCAGGGGUUUU